AUGUCUACAGUUACACCAGAAAUUCAGGCUAUUUUGAGCCCCGUAGUGGCUACGCUUAAGCGACAUCAACUCAAUGAUGAUAAAGAAAUUGCCCUAGUCAUUGCUCAUCUAUUAAUGAAAGUCAUAUCAGCAGCAAGAUGGACCAAUACUUAUGAUUUGAUAAGUUUAAUUAGAAAAGUUGGAACGAUCUUACACACAGCAAACCCUUGCCAAAUCAUUCCAGGGAACAUAGUAAGGCGUGUUUUAGCAAUAAUUCGUGAAGAAAUUGAGACUGGAUUGGAGACAAGUUCAACGGACGCCUCUGCCAAUAUUAACUCCAACGUGCCAAUGAUGAGCUCCAUGUUUAGCUUGCUAACAACAACAACCAAACAAGAAGGUAGAAAAGAGCAAGGCGGGGCUCAAACCAAAAAGCAGUCGAGCGAUAUGAGGAGUAUAAUAAUCCAAGGUAUCAGAGACUUGGUUGAUGAAAUAUCCAAUUUCAAUGACGACUUGAAUAAUAUGGCAAUUGACUUGAUUCAUGAUAAUGAAGUCUUACUUACACCAACUCCUACAUCAGACACGAUAUUACACUUUUUAAUCAAAGCUCGUUUAAAGAGGAAAUUCACCGUUUUGGUCACUGAGAACUUUCCUAAUGAUCUACAAAAGGCACAAGCAUUUGCCAAAACUUUGGCUGAGAAUAAUAUCGAAACGGUGAUCAUACCCGACACUACCGUUUAUGCCGUAAUGUCUAGAGUUGGUAAAGUCAUUAUUGGAACAAACGCCGUAUUUGCCAACGGUGGAUGCUUAUCACUGAGUGGAGUUGCAAGUGUUGUUGAAUGUGCCAAGGAACAUAGGACACCCGUGUUUGCUGUCUCUGGGUUAUAUAAACUAUCACCAUUGUAUCCAUUCACAAGAAAUGACUUGAUUGAAGUGGGAAACUCGGGGAAAGUGCUUAGUUAUGAUGAUUAUGAAUUGGUCGAAAAUGUUGAAGUGGUGGUUAAUCCGUUGGAAGAUUAUGUACGUCCAAAACAUAUUGACAUUUUCAUUACAAACGUGGGUGGAUUUGCACCUUCGUUUAUCUAUAGAAUAGUGUUGGAUAACUACAGAUCAGAGGAUAACAAAUUGGAUUAA